GUUACUGAGUGCAGGUAGACGGGAUGGCAGCGCGGAUGUUGAUGGUGUGUGUGCUGGGAAGUCUGCUUUGUCAGGUGUGGAUUUCUGCAGAACCUUAUCACACACAGGGAGAGCUCCAUCCUCAGGCCCUUUACCCAUGGAGAAAUCAAGGAAACGGAAUGGUCAGGGUGAAGAGAGACUGGAUCAUCCCUCCAAUCAGAGUGCUGGAGAACAGCAAACAGGUUCCUGAAAACCUUGUCCAGAUCAAAUCGGACAAAAUCUUUACAGGAGAGGUGAUCUACAAGUUAGAAGGACCUGGAGUGGACCAGGAGCCCAAGAAUCUGUUUGAGAUUGAUGACAAAACAGGAAUAAUCAGGAGCAAACGACCGCUGGACAGAGAGAAAUACAGAAGUUUCACGCUGAAAGCUUUUGCGCUGUCCCCCAGUGGUGAGAGGCUAGAGAACCCGACCAUCAUAGAGAUAAUGGUGCUGGAUCAGAACGACAACCGACCAGCCUUCACCCAGAGCCAGUUUGUUGGCUCUGUCUCUGAGUUCUCAGUACCAGGCACAUCAGUGAUGACAGUGUUGGCCACUGAUGCAGAUGACCCAAUGACAGAAAACGCCUAUCUCAGCUACUCCAUCAUUGGCCAGGAGAGCUUUCCUGCCAACGCUGUUACCAAGACGAUGUUUGGUAUUAACAACGAGACAGGAGCCAUCUACACGAGGGAUGUAGGCCUGGACCGAGAGGUGGUGAAGAGUUUCCAAUUAAAGCUGCAGAUUGCUGAUAUGGGGGGAAUGGGGCUUACAAGUGAAGGAGUGGCAAUCAUACAUGUCACUGACAUCAACAACCACGUUCCCCAGUUCAGCCCAGCCAAUUACAUUUGUACAGCUGAGGAGAACAGGAAGGACUAUGAGAUCGGCCGGGUUAAUGUGACGGACAAAGAUGAUCCUGGAACAGGAAACUGGGAGGCCCAAUACUCCAUUUCAAACGACCCCGAAGGAAAAUUUGCCAUCAGCACAGAUCCCGCCACCAACCAGGGUGUUUUGAGAGUGGUGAAGCCAUUAGAUUUUGAAGCACAGAGUCAGUACAAACUGAUUCUGAUGGUGGAAAAUCUCAACCCUCUGAGCAGCAAGGCUCCCAACCUCCCAGUGAGCACAGCUACAGUGGUGGUGAGGGUUGUUAACGAGAACGAAGCUCCACAUUUCAUGGAGGACCCCAUACGAAUUGUGGUCCCCGAGUCUGUGGUCCCUGGGACUUUAUUGAAAAGCAACAUCGCCACUGACCCAGAUAACUCAGACCUGAGGUACGAGAUUAGCAGAGAUCCUGAGAGGUGGCUGGACAUAAACAGGGAUACAGGAGACAUCAGUGCCAGGAGAACAUUUAACAUGCGCUCUCCACAUGUUAAAAGAAGUAUCUACACUGCUGUUGUCAAGGUUACAGAUGCAGAUGGAGUGUCAACCACGGCCACAGUGCUCAUCACACUGAAGGAGACCAAUGACUUCCCGCCUCAGCUCGUCCCUCUGAGUGGCUCUGUAUGUAAGGAUGCAAGCCGGACUGGUUCGGGUCUGGUUUUGACUGCUGUGGAUGAAGACCUCCCUCCACACGCUGCACCCUUCACAUUUGAAAUGCCCAUGGAUGGGUCAAUCAACUGGACCGUCGUCCAAGUCAAUGAUACCCAUGCUGUGCUCCAUCCUCUCGUGGAGCUGGAGGCAGGAGAGUAUGCGGUCACAGUGUUGGUGUCAGACGCUGGCAGCCCGUUUCUGAGUGCCUACGCUCAGGUUAAUGUGACUGUGUGUCCCUGUGACUCCUUUGGGGAUUGCAGGUCUGAAGUGGGGGCUAUCUUGGGCUCCAGUGUGGGGAUCAGCUUCAUCGCUCUCAUGAUCAUCAUAGCCUGUUUUGUUCUGUUGGUGCUCCUCCUUAUGGCGGUGGCUGUGACCACCUGUGGAAGACGUCAUCACAUUAAGAAAGGAAAAGGUCUGCUUGUGGGGGAAUCGGAAGACGACAUCCGUGAUAAUGUUUUCAAUUAUGACGAGCAAGGAGGGGGCGAGGAGGACGAGAAUGCCUUUAACAUUGACCUGCUGUGGAAUCCCCAUGAUAUCCCUUCAACCCCGGGUUGCUACUACCCAGUGUCCGGUGUCCCUCGAGGAAAGCAGCCCCUCAGGAAGGAUGCCCCACACAACCUGCCCUCACCCACGUACCCAAGGAGGCCUCCUGCAGACCCCACUGACAUCGUGGACUUCAUUAAUGACGGCCUGGAGGCAGCAGACAACGACCCGAAUGUGCCUCCAUACGACACUGCACUGAUCUAUGAUUACGAGGGAGAGGGCUCACUGGCAGGCAGCCUCAGCUCCAUUGCGUCAGGUAGCUCUGAUGGAGACCAGGACUACGACUACCUCAACAACUGGGGACCACGCUUUCAAAAACUGGCCAAUAUGUAUGACCCCCGUUAGGAUGGAGAGAGAAAGAAGGGCUGUCUGAUUCACCAGCAGUUUGGGACACAGAACACACGUCAGGGGUUUUCUUUUCUGGACAACAAAUAUUUUAGUCCAGGAUGAGAUUUGACAAGGGGGGGAAAAAAAACAACUAUGCAAAACCGUGGGCGUUGAAUCCAGUGUGCCGCGGGUUACUAGAGGAUUAUUUGGACACAGCUCACAGAAUGGCUUGUUGCAAAGUUUUCAGGAAAAGUAACGGAGACAGUAAAAUUGUGUUGGCAUCAUCAGCCAAAAGGAAAGGCUAAUGGGAAACCGAAUGUUUGUUGAAAUGAUGUCCAUGUCUGUUGUUGUUUACCCUCAGAUUUCAAAUUGCUCAGGAAUGACGCAUACAACAAGCCUGAGAUUUUAAUUGUUUUAAUGUAUUUCUUUUUUUAUAUAUGUUAUUUUAUAAGAUAAAUUUGCUUUGAUAUUGAUUUUGACUGCUUUUCUUCUAAGAUCAUCAAUCCUCCAUUCCAGCAUCUGUUAACAUUUUUGGAGGCUUUCUCAGACAACCAGUAACAUAUAUGAAAAUAUACAAAACACACAGCACCACACAACACUCAGUCAUCACAGAGUUUGGAGGUAAGG